CAGUCUAGCUAUUAAAUGUUAAAACUUCCACUUGUACUAGUUGAGGACUUGUUACCAUCAAAUCCCACCAAGUUAUUUGCUGUCACAUUAUCGGCUGUGUUCUGCUGGUUCAACUCAUCCUGCCACAUCGAACUGUGAGAUCAACAUCCAUGUUUCGAAAGAAACGUUGAUAAUAUCUAUGAUUACACUACUUCCUUUAAAGCGAUGCGAUUUCCUAAUAGAGCAUCAACGAUGCCAGCAGCAGCACUCGAAGGACACAGGGGCCUCUAACACGUCUACAAAGGAGAUAACGCCACUUGCCAAAUCGCUUUAUUCUCGUUAACCUGUGUGCAACAAGACCGCCGGGAUGAAGCUACAACUCUUUAUCCUUACUGUUUUGCGGUAUUUGGUUCCAACCAAUCAAGGAGAGGAAAAACAGCUGCUGACAACAGAGGGAUUCAACCUGACAGCUUUCCACAACUUCAUUGACAAUUUCCCAUUUGCGUAUGACGACGCCCUGUCGACUCCUUGCAGUGUAGCGGUGCCUGGAUUUAACAGCUUGGGCCUGACGGUCACCUACAUCGCCGUGUUCGUCCUCAGCGUGGUCGGCAAUGCCGUGGUCGUCUAUGUGGUUUGCUCCAUGAAGAAAGGUAGAGGCAGCACAGAUAUCUACCUUAUGCACCUGGCGAUAGCGGACCUCCUCUUCUGCCUCACCCUCCCGUUCUGGGCCGCCAACGCUCAUUCCGGUUGGAUCUUCGGAAACUUCCUGUGCAAACUCCUGUCGGGCUUCCAGGAGGCGUCGGUGUACAGCAGUGUCUUUCUGCUGGCAUGCAUCAGUGUGGACCGCCACUUCGCCAUUGUGAGAGCGAUGCGCUCCAGGCCCUCCCACCACCUGUUGGUUAAAGGGGCGUGCGUUUUGGUGUGGCUGGUGGCUGGUGUGCUGUCCUUACCUGUGGCUAUUCAGAAGGAGAGCAUGCGUGCCGAAGACCUGGGCCGGAACAUCUGCUAUGAAAACCUAACUGGCGAAAGCAGCGACCACUGGCGCGUCGGCAUGCGCGUUCUGCGCCAUACGGUGGGCUUUUUCCUGCCACUGGUGGUAAUGGCUGUCUGCUACGGCUGGAUCGUGGUGACGCUGUGUCACGCGCGCAAUCAGCAAAAGCAUAAGGCCAUACUCGUUAUCCUGGCUGUGGUGUUAGCCUUCGUUCUGUGCUGGCUGCCCUACAACGUCACCUUACUGAUUGACACGCUGAUACGAGGCGAAUCCCUCGCGAUGGAGACGUGUGAAACGCGCUACAUAGUGGAAGUGAUGCUGGAUGUGACCCAAGUGUUGGCCUUCAUGCACUGUGCGGUGAACCCGGUGCUGUACGCCUUCAUUGGCGAGAAGUUCCGUAACCAGCUGCUCUCGGCUCUUUACAGACACAGGCUCAUCAGCAAGCGGUUCCAUGUGGCUUGCAGGAAGGGCUCAGCCAGCAGUGCAGGGAGCAUCAGAUCUAGAAACACCUCGACCAUGUAAACAAAAGGGAUGACCAGUUAUGUCUAAAGAAGACAAAAUCCACCUGCCCACAGCUCUGAAGUUCAAUAUACAUUAUAUCUGGUUUGCUUUAAAAAAUAAAAAAUGUUUAAAAAUGCCAA